AUGCAUGACUUCCUUGUGGAUGGACAUGAAUUUUGGGUUAAGCGUCAGCACGUGUCGACAAAUGUCUACCUCUACCCUCUCCAAAUGUCAAGAUCCAGCGCCACCUUUACCCACCUCAUUGGCGCUCAAGGAAAGGAUGUCCUCUACACAGGUGAUCACAUUUUUGGCGACAUUCUCAAAUCCAAGCGUCAGGUGGGCUGGAAAACCUUUCUUGUGGUGCCGGAGCUGCUUAAUGAGAUUUAUGUGUGGAAGAAGAAGAAUUCCCUUUUUGAACGCCUCAAUGAAUUGGACAAUGAGUUGGCCGAUAAGUACAAGUAUAGUCACCAUCUGUUCACUUCUUUUUUGAAUGCAUUGCUCUAG